UCGCCGUUCCAGCUUUACAAAAGCGGUGGCAAAACUAUGGAAAGCAUGGAUCUCAUUCCGACUCAUUAGGAAUACAAGGACUUUGGAUGAUCCUUUCGAGAUAGCGAGUUGUCUUUCUCUUUGGGGGAUUUGCAAUGGCUCCUGUAAAAAGAGAAGACCCGAAUCUAAAGAAACUGUGCUCAUUUAUGGAGUAAAGGGAGUCGUUUGGGGAUCAUGAGUGCAGGUUAGUUUCCUGGAUGAAUAAACAUCACCCACUUCUGUUGACCAAGCAGUCCCAGGCAAGGGCGUCGGAUAUUUUGAAUGAAGAAACCGCCGGUGGCUCCCAAACCCAAGCUGGUUCAUCAGCAGAAACUGUCCCCUCCCCCUAUUGCCCCAAAACCAGAGAUUUUGCUGCCUUCACCCUCACCUUCUGCAAUCAAGAGAGGAAAACCUGCUGUUGCCCCCAAGCCAUGCCUCCCCAAAGUAAACCCUGUGGUUUCUCAGAAGCCUCUCCAGACGAGGCAAGAUCCCUGCAAGACCCAGCAUCCCCCUGUCUCCAGAAAUGGGGGUCCCAUUUUACUCCCCUUACCCCUAUCAAAUUACAUUAUAUCUCCCUGCCCUCAAUGUCAUCACCUUGGCAACAGCAAAUCAGAGGGAUCUGAGGAAAUAAGUGGAACAGCAGAGGUAGGCGUUUUCAAAGAAGGUGACAGCCCUAAAGAACAUCUGUAUUACAAUGACACACAAGAACAGGCUGCCCUACCCAGAUGGGAACAAAUGCAUGCUCCCACAGGGUCGUUCCACACUGCCGCAGAGGCACCGGAGGAAACACACACUCCCGCACUAGAGAAGGACCAAGCAGGUAUACAAAUACAAACUUUUGAGGGCCUAAGACGCAGCCUUGUUGAACCUUUACAAAAACAAGACCAGUUGGCAGAGCAGAACAGGGCAGUGAAUUCCAUUGCUAGCUCUUGCUCCAGUGAUAAUGUUGGCAAUUGUGUCCCUGCACCACCUAGCAAGCCACUCCCCAUACCCCACCCACGACGCCCACGGAGGGCAAUUCUUAGGCAGAACAAUGUGGAAAAAGCACCCUCUGAGGAUACUCAAGCAGAUAUACCUGCAGAAACUUCAAAACGACUUCAAACAGAGACAUCAUUGGAAAAUUCUGCAAACACUUCAACAACAUGUCAUGGCCACAUGAACACACCCCUAAAUACAUGUUUCCCUAUAGAGGACACGAAAAACACAGACUCUGACUCUUCACGCAACACGGAUCCUUUGCACACAAUAGACUCUUCUCUCAGUGCACAUACUGAAAACAUGCAUUCUCACAAAGACUCCAACCAUUAUUCCACUCCGACAAAUGGUGUAACUCUAGCUUACAUGGACACAGCUGAGGAGGAGUCACAACCUCCAGCUCCACCUCCUCGACACAUGUCCCUUACACAAAUGGCCUCAUCUUCAGUAGAUAAUCUGCCUUUGCAUUGUCACUUGGACCCUCACAGUUCUGAGAUUAAAACGUGUGAGGAUGAGGAGGACGAUGACGAAGAUGACGGAGCAUAUGGAGAUUUUGCUCGAUACCCAAUAACCCGGAGUGUUCCGAAACAGAUUAAGCUCAGCUGUGAAACACAAUUCAUUGCAAUAACCAAGACACCUUCUGAUGGGGAGGAGAGGUCUCCAAAAGUCAUGCCAAAGAAGCCCCAACGGAAUAGCCUUCCCGCAUCUGCUGUGUUGCGGAAGCAAAACACUCCUCCGCAAAUGCAGAUGCCUCCUCUGCUCCCCAUAUCCAGCCCUCCCAUAUUUAGAGAACUCCCCGCACCUCCUCAGGAGAAGCCCUCGUGGCGAGUUGCCCUGCCUAACAUUCCUAUCUUUAGUAGGAACCAACCGACUCGCAGUAACAGCCAACCACAAGCUGGAGGCGUGGGACCUGUAUUCAUCAAACAGAGGGCAAAGUCGUUUUCCUCAGCAGAUCUUCAUCGGGUUGACAAUGGAUCCGGAUCUACCAAGCCGUUGGUACGGUCCGAUCAAGGACGUUGUAGUUUGCGAAAACUUUUAGAACUGCGUGUGUGUGUGCGCUUGCUUCCGAAGUUUCUUCGCAGCGGACAGUCCCUGGAUUGCACUCGGGCUGAUGCAGAGUAUGAGGACCAUAAAGACAUGCCCAUUAACCAGGUCACCCCAGGUGAUGAGGAAGUAGCUCAGGGUGAUAGAGAGGUGGACUGUGGGGUGGAAUACGAGAACGUAUAUGAGAAGAUCCCAGAAUACAUGAACUUGCCAUGGGUUUACUCCAACCAGGACUCAGAUACAGGAGUGUAUGAGGAGCAGGAACCAUGGGAGGUGAACAGAUGUUUGGGGAGCGGUGAUGUGUCAGAAGAUGGUUUAAGCUCUAAUGAGGAAGAUGAUAACAGCUCCAACUCCAGCAAGGAAGAUAUGAGCCAAUCAAAAAACAAAGAGGUGGCGAUAUGGAUGAAGAAUGCGAAUCACCAGAAACAAAAGAAGAAGAAAGUAAAAGAGGUAGAGAAGGCGAAGAGAAACAAGGUGGUCCACAUCGCCAUGGAGAUCAUGAGCUCAGAGAAAGUAUUUGUGGAUGUUCUGAAGUUGCUUCACAUUGAUUUCCGGGAUGCGGUUGCCAAAGCAUCUCGUGCGAGCGGGAAGACGUUAGUGGAGGAGAAAGUGUUGAAUCAGAUCUUGUACUACCUGCCUCAACUUUACGAACUGAAUAAAGACCUGCUGAAAGAACUUGAGGAGAGAGUUGCCCACUGGUCUGAUCACCAGAGGUUGGCUGAUAUCUUCGUUCAGAAGGGUCCAUACUUGAAGAUGUACUCAACCUAUAUACGAGAGUUUGACCAUAACGUAGCUCUGUUGGAUGAACAGUGCCGCAAAAAUCCUCCUUUUGCCAACGUUGUACGUCAGUUUGAGACGAGUCCUCGCUGUGCUAGUCUUGCAUUAAAGCAUUAUCUUUUGAAACCAGUACAGAGGAUCCCUCAAUACCAACUCCUGCUUACAGAUUAUUUGAAGAACCUUCCUGAGGAUUCAUCUGACUACAAAGACACACAAACUGCUCUUGGUGUGGUGAAGGAAGUUGCAAACCAUGCAAACGAUAUCAUGAAACAAGGGGAUAACUUUCAGAAACUGAUGCAGGUUCAGUACAGUCUCAACGGUCAUCAUGAAAUCGUGCAGCCUGGCAGGGUUUUCCUAAAAGAGGGCACACUGAUGAAACUCUCCAGGAAAGUUAUGCAGCCCAGAAUGUUCUUCCUGUUUAAUGAUAUUCUGCUGUAUACAACACCAGUGCAGUCCGGCCAAUAUAAAGUCAACAGCAUGCUCUCUCUGGCUGGCAUGAAGGUGAGCAAGCCCAGUCAGGAGGCCUAUCAGAAUGAGUUAAACAUUGAGAGUGUGGAACGCUCCUUCAUACUGUCUGCCAAUUCAGCCACAGAGAGAGAUGAAUGGUUGGAAGCCAUCACUAAUGCAAUAGACGACUACACCAGAAAGAAGAUUUCAUUCUUCUCCAGCAAAUGCCAAGAGUUGGAGGGAAUUUCUGAUGAUGGUCUUCCGCUGGGAUCUAAAGCUCCGAUCUGGAUCCCAGAUUUGCGGACAACCAUGUGUAUGAUCUGCACCUGUGAGUUCACGCUCACCUGGAGACGCCACCACUGCCGGGCUUGCGGAAAGGUGGUGUGUCAGGCGUGUUCCUCUAAUAAAUAUUACCUGGAAUACCUGAAGAAUCAGCUGGCACGAGUGUGUGACCACUGCUAUAUUAAACUACAGCACAAGGGUGAGCAAUCCAACUUGACUGUCUCCCCUAGUGGGCGGAGUUCAACAUUUGCUUUUUCUAGAAAACAGAAGAAGAUUCCUUCAGCCCUUAAAGAGGUUUCGGCCAACACUGAGAACUCUUCUAUGAGUGGAUACCUACAAAGAUCUAAAGGUCACAAGAAGCCCUGGAAGAGACUGUGGUUUGUCAUUAAGAACAAAGUCCUCUACACUUAUGCCGCUAGUGAAGAUGUUGCAGCGUUAGAGAGCCAGCCGCUGCUGGGCUUUUUCCUCAGAGAGGAGAAGACGGGGCCAGCUCAAAAACUACAGUUUAAACUCUACCAUAAAAACACUCUCUACUACAUCUUCAGAGCUGAGGAUAUCCCCACCGCCCAGAGAUGGAUCGAGGCAUUUCAAGAGGCUAUGAUUCUUUGACUGGUCUGGAUUGAAUUAAAUAUUGAAUAAAAAAUUAAAAAGACUCAUCUGUGUCUUCCUCUGCCUGUACACUGUUGACACAGGCAGUGAGUCAAGAAGGCACAAAUUAAUCCCAGUGUGAAGCAAUGGAUGCUGGUAGAUGUAGUUUUCACAUUAAUCUGUUAUAAGCAACCUAAUGAAGGUAAAACGACAUUGAGUGUCCUUUUAUCAAACUGCCUCCGCUGAAUUUAAAAAAUGUCAGGUAUCCAUAGUUCCUAAUGUCAUUUUAGGAAACACUGCCUCUCUGUGCCAUGUCCUUUUGGUGCUUAAUGUUACCAUGAAACCAGCACAGAGAGCUUUGAGAACCUGUUCGCUUGGAAACUGAAUGGUUUUCGUGAGCUCAAAAUAUUGAAGUUUUUAAUGUCUCCUGAUCCUGAAGUUUACCUACGAAUCAUAUUUAUAACCUGUAUUUUUUCCACCAUAAGAACACUUUUUUUUAACACUCCAAUAUGGUGUCAUUGGGACAUAAUACAUGACUACAGUUAGUUUAAACUUAAUUACAGGCAUAAUUUAUUGCCUGAUGGUUUAAAUGAUAAAUUUGGUCACAUACGUUAUUCAUAGUCAAGUCUGAAUGCGCAUGAGCAAGGAUGCACAAGGAAUGUUUGACGGCAGGUUGCACCUUUGGCAUGGCCAUGUGAUGCUGUCCGUGCACUCUGACAUGGGAGAUUUUGGAUUCAACUGUGAAAGCAGGGAGAAAGAAGGCUUAAAAUAAUUGGGCCUCAUUCAUGAACAGAACAAAUUUCUGCGUAAAUCGAUUGUAAAACCGUUCUUACAUAAAGUGUCCUGUUCACUACUUCAGUAAUGUGCAAAACAGUUCUUGCUAAAUUGCCACAUUUAGGGCCUUCUUCAUGAAAAAAAUAACCAAAUAGAAUUUGUGCAAAUCGUUCAUAAAACCAUUCUCACGUACAUUGUUACAUUUAAUUGCAUGCGUUAAUGUACGUAAGACAAAAUACAUGUUUUCGUAAAUUUUUGCAUGCAAUGCAUAAAUAAUUCGCACAAUAAUUCUUACUAAAUUGUCGCAUAAAGGGCCUUUAUUUUUUAAACACGAGCAGAACUAACUUGUGCAAAGCGUUCAUAAAUCCAUUCUUUUGUAAAUUGUCGUGUUUAACUGAAUGUGACGUAAGAUUGGUUUUACAAAGGAUUCAUUCUGCUUGUGUUUCAUUAUGCCCUCAGUUUGUAAAUAAUUUGUGAAAACCAUGCUUGCGUAAACUGUUGCAUUUAAUGUUUAAAUCUUCUGCAAAACAAUUAUUACUAAAUGUUCACAUUCAGGGACUUAUUCGUGAAAAAUAAGCGGAACGAUUUUAUGUGCAAAUUGUUCAUAAAUCCAUCUUCACGUAAACUGUUGAAUGUUAUUGAAUACGACAUUUUACAUUAGAUAGUUUUUAUGGGCAGUUUACACAAAUUCGUUCUGCUUGUGUUUCAUUAGGCCCUCAAUGCGUAAAUCGUUCGCAAAAAACAUGCUUGCAUAAAUUGUCGCAUUUAAUGCGUAAAGCAUUCGGAAAACCAUUCUUGUAUAAAAUUUGCGCAAGCGUUGUUUUUUUUACAAAUUAGUUCCAUUUGAUUAAGGCCUUAGAAAACACUAGCAGAGCGUUCAUAAAAAAAAAAAAAUUACGUAAAAAGUUGCAUUCAAUGCAACUUUUUAAAUAAAACACGAGCAGAGCGUUCAUAAAACCAUUCUACGUAAAAAUCCGCAACAACGUUUUAUGUAGAAAUGGUUUUACGAACGGUCUGCUCGUAUUUUAUAAGGCCUUAAUCAAAUGGAACUCAUUUGUAAAAAAAAAAAUGCUUGCGCAAAUUGUCGCAUUGAAUGCUUAAAUCGUUGGCAUAAAAAUUCCUACUAAACGAAGUAGGAAACGAAUUUGUGCAAAUUAUUCAUAAAUCCAUUCCCAUGAAAAUUUUCGCUUUUAAUUAAAUGCGACAUUAUCUUUAAGAUUGGAUUUACAAAAUAUUUACAAAGUAGUUUUGCUCAUAUUUCAUGAGGCCAUCAAUGUGUAAAUAAUUUGUAAAAACAUUUUUGCUUAAAUUAUUGCAUUGUGAACAAUUUAAACACUGAAUGUGUAAGGAUUUUUUUUUUUUUUUUUUUUUAAUCACGCAUUGUAUUUGACGUUUAACGUACGAAUGGUUUCCACAUGUAAUUUCCACAUUGAAUGCGACAGCUUAAGUAAGAAUGGUUUUACAAACUAUUUAUACAGGAAUUCAUUCUGCUUGUGUUUCCAGUUUGCCUUUUAUAAGAAAUCUUUUACAAUCUUUUUAAUGAUCUUAAACUUUUUUAUAAAACUCUUUUGUAAAAAGUAGGCCUUUUGACUGAUGUUUUGAACCUUAUACUGGAUAGAACUGGAAGUGUACAUAUUCUGUAAAUGGUAAUAUAAUGCAGGUGUAUUUAAAAUAGUUUGAGAUUUUUCAUGGACUCCAUGAAUUAUGGAUAGUAAAGACAGUGCCAGGCUGGCUCACUGACUCAGCACUGUUUUAACUUUUUCUAUAACACAUUAUAGCACAGCGGCUGUGAACACAGAAAGAAAAACUAGCGCUCUUAUCAGGGAAAGAUACAACACAUAUUUUCACUCAUUAAUUCUAAUGCAUCUUGUUCAGGAUCACAUCUCCUAACACUUUGACAACAGUAAUGAAAUGAUAAUUAUAUUAGCUGCAGUUUUCACUAAGGUCCUCUAAGCACAGCAAGCCACUGAUCUUGUUUCACUGUUAAAAGUGCAACACAUCCAAGAAAUGUUUUUGUUUUACAUUUAAUAUGAUUCCAUAUGAAUCACUUUUGUGUGUUGGAUGUUUGUUUACAUUUUGUUUGAGUGUUUGGAUUUUGGGAAGCAUUACAUACACCGUUAUGUCAAAUAAGUUAUGCUUUUGUUUGUACCAUGAUUUAAGUGUUCCACUUUAAAGAUAAAUGCAUGUUUCUGGCACUGGUUGUUCACUGUUGUUCCCAAAGUUGAAAUUGUGUAGAUCACAGAAUAUUUUACUUCCUAAAUUAAUCUGUUAAUAUCUGAGGAUUUCAAGGGAGUACGCCAACAUAAAUGUAAAGUGCAAAUAAACUUUAAUAAAUAAUGUAAUGAAAUGUCAAA